ACCUCAUGCCACUUUUCUUCAUGUUGUUUCCUCGCGUACUUUCUCAUUACGAAGAGCCGGAGAUCGUUUAGAACCAGAACCCAGGCACAUACUCUUCGUUAUGGCUCAGGCGGGACAGAAACUCGUUGCAAAAGUACCAACUUUACUCGGUGCCGUUGUCACAUACUCCAAACCCCGACUAGCGACCUUCUGGCACUAUGCCCGGGUGGAGCUCGUCCCCCCGUCCCCUGCUGAGAUCCCUAAAGCCGUAGAGGCAGCAUCGAGCCUCAUUAAGAGCUUCCGGGCAGGACGCCUGGGACAAACUACAGUAAAAGAUGCCUUAAGGAAUGGACUCGUGGCCACUGAGGUGCUGAUGUGGUUCUACAUUGGAGAGUGCAUUGGCAAAGGAGGCAUUAUUGGAUAUGAUGUCUGAAUGUUGUACUGUUCUUUCUUCUUUUCACUUUUAAUCGUCACAUUCUCAGCAACCUGCAUCAAAUUUUCAAAAUAAACAAAGUCUAUAGUCAAAAAAGUA